CGAUCGAGCCAGCAGCACCGCAAAAUGCAGACCGAAAUUCUACAGUUUUACAAAAACAAAACGGUUUUUGUAACAGGUGGUACUGGAUUUCUGGGAAAAGUCAUCAUUGAGAAGUUACUGCGCUCCACAGAUGUGAUUCGUGUAUAUUUUUUGGUAAGACCGAAACGGAACGACAAUGUGGAAGGUCGAUUUAAGGCUUGGAAAAAUGAACCAGUUUUCGAAACUCUGCUCAAGAUCAAGCCGCAGGCUCUGGAACUAGUGAAACCCAUUUCCGGGGACUGCAGUGAACCGGGUCUGGGUCUCAGCAAUGUAGAUCGAAGGACGCUGACCUCCGAGGUCCAGAUCGUCAUCCACAGUGCCGCCUCCAUUCGCUUUGUGGAACCACUUCACAGGGCGCUUAACAUCAACACACGAGCCACGCGCCUCAUGGUGCAGCUGGCCAAGGAGAUGCAGUGCCUCCAGGCUUUCGUGCACAUCUCUACGGCCUACUCCAACUGCCCAUCGGAUCAUAUCCAGGAGCGUUUCUAUCCGGAGCACUUGUCCUGCCCGGCGGACCAAGUGCUCAAGUUCAACGAGACCUUAAGCCCAGAGCUGAUGGACAAGAUGUCUCCGGCUCUGAUGGGAAAGUUCCCGAACACCUACACCUACACCAAGGCCCUGGCCGAGCAGGUGAUCCAAAUGGAGGCUCAGGACCUGCCCAUCUGCAUUUUUCGACCUGCGAUAAUUUUAGCCAACUUUAAGGAACCGAUGUCGGGAUGGAUUGACAAUCUUCACGGACUCGUAGCCUUGAUAUACGGCAAUGCCCACGGCAUUCUUCGUCUGAUUUAUGCCAAUCCAAAGGCCGAGGCUUUAUUGGUGCCUGGCGACUAUUGUGCCAAUGUGACUCUUGCAUCCGGUUGGCACAUGGCCAAGAAUGCCAAACCAAAGAGUCCAGCGCCCAUUUACGCCUUCGCUCCGAGCAAAUCGAAUUCCAUUACCUUUGGGGAAUCAGUUAAGAUGGGCAUCGAGUACAACCAUAAAAUUCCGGUGACCAAAACAAUUUGGUAUCCAUUUGCUCACUUCACCACCUGUCCGUGGCUUUUUCAAUUGGGCUGUUUCUUUUAUCAUGUGCUACCCGGAUAUUUGUUUGAUCUCUUGUUACGGCUUAAAGGUGAAAAGCCCAUUCUGGUAAAAAGUUAUCACAAAAUCCACGAGACACUGGUGCUUCUGUACCCGUUUAACGGAAAAACCUACUUGAUGGAUACGAAAAAUACCACCCAGAUGUGGCAGUCUAUGUCGCCGGAGGAUAGGAGUAUAUUUCCCUUCGACAUGGCCAAUCUCAACUGGGAGGAGUACUUCCGUCGCAUCCUGUCCGGGAUGCGGGUAUACCUCUUUAAGGAAUCCUGGGAUACCUUGGCUCAUGCUAAACGUAGAUUAUUCAGAUUUUACUUAAUGCAUCGCUUCCUUCAACUUGUGCUAUGCUUUGCUUUCUCCAAGUUUAUUUGGUUUUUGUACAAUCUUGUUAUUAAUGAAGAACCUAAAACACAAGUGAUUUCUGUGACACCCCGGAAAUUUAGUUUGGGAUACUAAUUUGCUCAAGAAGAUUAAAAGUGUUUAUAAUUCCAAACAAAUUUUAUAAAUUUCCAUAAAUAAAAAAAAAAAUAACAACAA